AUGACGGAUCCUUUCGAAGUGCGUAUGCGCUUCACAACGCAGCUGCAGCAUCUCAGCGCCGCAGUAUCUUCCUCGCAAAAAGUAGCCCAAUAUGCUCUCAAAUACCGAGAUAUGGACGAGGAUCUCCAUUCGUGUAUACUAGAACAGCUCGAAAGAAACAAUAUGAAUACUCGGGCGAAUAUAAUGUAUUUUGUGGAACAUUUUUGCGAAAUGGCAACCAAAGAAGACCAUCUAAAUUACGUGCGCAUGAUCCAGCGCGAUAUCUUGACUAUUGUCGAUGGCGUCGCACCGGCAGACGGCUCAGGGGCCGCAAACGUCAAGCAUGUCCGGCGCGUUUUACAGGGAUUGCAGGACAAGAAUAUGCUCUCGAGUGAAACGGUGGCGGAAAUCAGCGGCGCGCUCAAGGAUCGAGAAACAAAUCAAUCGAAUGUCCUCGACAACGAACCUUCAGAGGCCUCCGGAACACCAGCCAGCUCCAGAGCGAGCGGAGCAAUGCGGGUUGAUAAACGGCAGAUUGAACAACGGAUUGAAGAAGAUCGAGAGCGGAAUAAGAGACUACGAGAGAGCAUGUGGGCAGUCAGUGGCGACAACAAGAACGAAUAUAACAAGCUCUGGGACGAGACGAGCGAUAUUGGCGAGGACGAUCUUUUAGACGCUGAGGAGGAGCUUGGCGAGAGGAAAAUGGCGGUGGCUGCGUGA